GUUUAUGUAGAUGUAAAAUACAUCACUCGAUUGUCCUUCUAGAGUUUGAAUAUUGAAGAUAAUCAGAAUUACAGACCAUAUAGCUAUUUUAUCGUUCUCAUAUUUGUGAGUUCUGUUAGAGUAAAAAAAACAUUACAUUUGUGAUGGUUUAAAUAUGGCUGGUGACAAAGUAGUAGGUGGUUCUUCGCAUCUAACCAAGGAAAAAGUACAUAAAGAAGAUACUUAUAAUGAAAAUUUAAAUGUAGAAGAUGAAUUUGCAGAACCUAUUGAAUAUGUACCUUGCCCUGAAUUUAAUUUUUCGACGAUUACUUGUUGUUUCUGCAAUGGAUAUUAUGGACCAUGUUUUGAGGAACCUGUUUGUCCAACAUGUCACGCAUUUCUAUUUCCUAAUGACAUCGGUUUUUUGCCAGUUCCCAUUUUCAGUCAAAAAUCAGAUGACGAAGAUUCAGGAAAUGAUGAGCCAACAGAACUUUAUUACAAUCAUGAAAGAAGAGCAAGUCAACAACAACAAAAUUCUGCGCAAAACGUGAAUGUGUUAAACCUAGCAAAAAGAUCCAGUGUACGCUGUAUCAAGCCUCCGAGAUAUGGUUUAAGGAACAGACAUAUUUUACUUGCGCAGCAACAACAUCACGGUAUAAAUACAAGUAGCCCAAAAAAUAUGGCAGUUGUAUCUCAAAAUGCGCAGCUUUCACACAGCGUUCAUUCUGACAGUAUGCAAAAUAUAGAUAGUGGAAACAAUGAUAUUCAUCGUGAAAAUAAUAAAGAAAAAGAUUCCAGUUCUAGUUCUGCACGUGUGGCAGAUGGAGCAUUACAUAACAUUGUCCCAUUCCAGAGAGUUAAGGAAGUAGAAAGUCGACCAUAUUAUUAUCGGAAUUGCAAAGUACAAAGUAAUGCAGGAGAAAUGUCAAGAUCGAAAAAUUUGUCUGAACGAUUAGAGAUGUUAACGAAUUAUAAGCACGCCAAAUAUGAAUCUAUCGCUGAACCAGGCUUAAUGGAAAGAUUACCACCUGAAGUAUUGUUAGUUGUCUUCUCACACUUGGAUGAUGUUAGUCUUUGGUCAGCUGCGAAUGUUUGCCGUAGAUGGUGUGGUUUGUUAUCGACACACGUAACGCCACAGCAGUGGCAACGGAAUGUGAAAUUACGAUGGCCUUUAUACAAACCUAUCGGAACUGUUAAAAACUGGUAUAAACUAUAUGAUUUUUUGGCUUCUUCAGCGCCUUGUAGAACGUGUUUAGCACAAGCGUGUUUGAUGUCUCGAUCGCCAAGUAUUGAAGAAAAUUCAUGGAGAAAAAAUCGUUUGCAUAGCGAGCUUAAAAGUUUGAGAAUAGAUCCUCCUGAGGGUAUUGAAGCAACACCCUUGGAUCAGAAGUGUUGCCAUUGGCAAGCUACGAUAACUGGACCUGUAGGGAGUCCGUACGAAGGAGGUUUAUUUUAUCUUUACCUGCAAGUCCCGUGCACUUACCCUUUGUAUCCACCGAUAGUAAGGUUUCUUACAAAAAUACUUCAUCCAAAUGUUUCUAGACAUGGUGAUGUUGGAAUAGACUCAAUACUUCAUAACUGGUCAUUAGCACUAACAAUUUCGAAGGUGUUAAUCAGUGUUCAAAGCUUGCUCACGGAUCCAUACUGUCAGGUCUGUAUGGAACCGGAAUUGGGAGAAAUGUAUAUGAACGAUCGUGAAAGGUUUGAUGAAAUCGCGAGGGCAUGGACAUGGCGAUAUGCUAUGCAUGAUGUUAUCACUCCACUAUAAGCAAUUUAUAAAUAUCGUAUUUCUUAUAUAUAGAGUGUCAAAAAAAGGAUUUAGGAACUUCAAACAGACGCUUUAUUCACUGAAGAAAGGAAAGAACUUCGAUUUAAUAUUUAUAACAAAUUAGAAUUUUUGUAACAUGUAAACAUUUUUAUUUAUCGAAAGAGAUCUCAAAUAGUUCAGAUAUAUGCAAUCGAAUUUUUAUUUUUAUUAAUUUAACCCAUUUUAAUCUAAACUCUGCUUACGAAAUUGUUGCUUACUCUAAUGAACGUUAUGAAACUACAGAGUUUGUAACUCUUUUCUUUAGACAAUUGCAUCAUUCUUGUAGGAAAUAUUUAUUAAGAUCAAUUUAAUAAUUUUCUAGUUUAUAAUGACGUUCACAUAAAGAGUUACAUAUUUAAGAUCAUGACAGUAGAUAAAUAGAUGUAGAAAUGAAGUUGAAAUAUAUUAUUACCCGUUAUGUAACUUAUAUACAUAUAAAUAUGUCUCCAAAAUUUGCAUUUGAUUUAAGAAUUAUGUGUAUUAAUUUUGUGUGUACUAUGCUAUUUAAUUAAUAUGUAUUUCGUAAAUUAAUGUUACUAGAAAACAGAGCCAGAAAAUAAAGAGGAUUCUGUAUAUAAGUAUA